AUGAAUGGAUAAGUGUAACCAUUAAAGGUAAAUAAAUUCAUUAUUUUUAGUAAAUUAAUAUACCUGCCUCCUUUUAAAUACCAGAAUUAGUUAAUUAAGAAGGUACUUUGCUCAAAUAAAAUGGUAAUAAAGGAAAUAGUAAUUGA